AUGACCCGUCAUCCCAACUUGACCUUCCAAAAAGAGAUCAGUAAAAAUCAAAUUUCUCUCCCAGUCCCUCGCUCUCCCUCCCGCACUCACCAUCUCUCCUCCGGCGAGUUCUUCAGCCACCAGAAAUCCUCCCUCACUCCAUCGCUCUCCCUCCCGCGCUCACCCUCUCUCUCCUCCGACGAGUUCUUCGGCACCGGCGAAGCUGUCCGUCCGUCGCAAGUUUCCAUCCACUGUCUCUCUCACUCCGGCGAAGCCGAAGGCUCUCUCUCUCCUCCACCGGUGGCGACUGGAACACAACCCGAUAUCAUUCAUGUCCAUGAAUGGCAGGCUGGAGCUUUACCACUGCUUUACUGGGUUAUGUACCAUUAUCUCUCACUUAAGAAGCCAAUGCUAUAAUCCCAACAGACCCAAUGAUUGCAACGCAGGUGCAGCCCAUCUUCAAUGAAGUUUAUGCCGUUCUCAACCAUUGACAAUACUUGCCUACGAUUACUGGUGAUGAGCUUUCAAGUAUCCGCUCUCUGAUACAUGUCAUUAUGUCCAAGAGCAUGUAAAAUUUAAUAUAGUUUAUGCCUUUGAUGUUGGCAUUUUUUUUAGGGAAUUGUCUUGUAACUGUCUUUUUGAGAAGUUGCCAUGUGACUUUGUCUUUUUGAGAAAUUGUCAUGUAACUCUUUAAAAGGAUUGUGUUGGGAGCAACGCGGAAGAGCUUUGUCAUUUAUG